AAAAUAUUAUCCAUCAAUGCUACUAACAAUGUAAUUGGUUUAGAGUGAACAUUGAGAGAUCAGUCAUCCUCAAUAACGAACAAAUACAAAUUGACGUGCUGAGUCUGCUGACAAGGGAAAGAAAACGAGGUUCCCACUACUACCAAACAGAACCUUUGCCCUGUUCCACCUUUUUAUACAAGUCACACCCAUUUUUGCUCUUUCAGUCUUCACAACUUCGCUUCAAACAUUCCUAUAGAACAUGAAGCCCCAAGGAACCAACAGGGGUGGGAGCUUUUAGAAUCCAAAAGCACUUUUAGUUUUUUUCUCUUCCUUCUAUCAAACGCUGUUAAAAGCUCUUUGAUUAUCUGAAAUCACUUUUAGCUCUUCCAGAAGCAUUCUCAAACAAGCUAAAGUUCUCACUUUCAGCCUCUUCCAUGGAACAUCAAGCCCCCAAGCAGCAAAAGGGAGUCUUAGCCAACAAACAAAGAAAGUUCAAAGAGAGGACCAAAUCCAAGUGCAAGUUUGUUGGGGUGAGACAAAGGUCAUCCGGGAAGUGGGUUGCAGAGAUCAAGGACACAACAAAGAAGAUAAGAAUGUGGCUUGGAACCUUUGAGACUGCCGAGGAAGCUGCUCGAGCUUACGACGAGGCUGCUUACCUUCUUCGGGGUUCGAAUACCAGAACCAACUUCGCCACUCAUGUCCCUUCUAACUCUCCACUUUCUUUGAAGAUCAGAAACCUCCUCAACAAGAAAAAGAGCUUGAAGCAAUGCCCUGUAAGUUCCACCCCCAACAGCUUAAAUUCCACCCCUACAGCUACUAGUACUAGAACUAGUAACAAAUAUACCUCUUUCAGUGACGGUUCAGCUUUCUCCAUUGCUACUUUUAGUGAGACUUUUCUGCCUAAUUGCAAAAGCCAGAAAAAUCUUCAGGUGUUUGAUGAUGCAUAUAGACCAGACAUUAGCAACUGCAUUGAUGAUCUUCAACCAGGGUUGUUUCAUAACCAUUUUGGUCUCCAGUGGCCACUCUUAACUGGGUUUGAUCAGCUUCCAAUAACCCACGAAGGGAUGGAUUUAGCGAAAGGCAAUGCUCUGACGGUGCAACCUAGUGUUGCAGUAGAGCCAGAGGUGACGGAGUUUGAGUGCUUGGAGGUAGAAAGGCAGAUUUCGGCUUCAUUUUAUACAAUGAAUGGAGUGAAUGAGUACUUUGACAAUGAGUACAACGCCGGUGAUGCUCUCUGGGAUCUUCCUAGUCAGUCUCAGCUGUUCUGCCUCGGCUGAUGGCCUUCACCUUUCAGAGUAUUGUAGUUUUUAUUCUUUUGAAAUGAGUGAAUUGAGGGGUUAGUCUUGAGAGUUUAUGUUUAGUGUAAUUCUUUUGAAAGCAUGAGAAGUGUAGGUAGCUGUAUGAUAUCAA